AUGAAUAAAGUAAUAUUCAUUUCUAUAGUAUCAAGUAUACUAUUAGUGAAUACGGAAGCUGCCAAGAUAUUAGGAUAUUUCCCAACUCCGUCUAUAAGUCACCAAGUUGUGUAUCGUGUGUUGAUGCAUGAACUCGCCAAACGUGGACAUGAAGUAUUUGUUAUUACAACAGACCCAGCUUUUCCGAAAGAUAAAGCACCAAAAAAUUUAACAGAAAUAGAUGUACACGAUAUAUCUUACUCAAAAUGGAGAGAAGCAGUCUUGAACCCAGAACUGACGACGGGGAAAAAAGACGACAUAUCGCAACAAAUAUCAGUUAUGUAUGGAAUAAUAAUAAAUCUAUUCGAUGAACAGAUAAAUACAAAAGAAGUACAAAAUAUUUUGAAAGAUAAAACAUUAAAGUUUGACUUGAUAUUUCUAGAAUCGUUUGUUAGACCAGGCCUUGUGCUAUCGCAUUUCUAUAAUGCUCCCAUUAUUCUUAUGACCUCUCUAUUGCCAAUUUAUAAUAACAUGGAAGUUCUUGGAAGUCCAGUCCACCCAAUACUGUACCCAAUGGGAUUUUGCCGCCAAAAAGUCAACAAUCUAACAAUCUGGGAAAAAAUAACGGAAUUAUAUAAGUAUUACAAUGUUUUACAAUCAGUAGAUGCGUAUGAUGGUAAAAUAAAUGAAUUGAUUAAGAAAAAUUUCGGAGCGGAUGCUCCUUCUCUUAAUGAAUUACAAAAUAAUGUUGACAUGUUGUUUGUAAAUGUACACCCGAUUUGGGAUAUGAAUCGCCCAGCUCCACCCAGUGUGAUCUAUUUGGGUGGGUUGCACCGUAAUCCAGAAAAGGACUUACCCAAGGAUCUGAAGACUUAUUUAGAUUCAUCCAAGCACGGCGUUAUAUACGUCAGUUUCGGUACAAACAUAGAUCCUGCGCUGUUGCCACCGGAGAAAAUAAAUAUGCUAGCAAACGUUCUUUCUCAUACACCUUACGAUGUAAUCUGGAAAUGGGAUAAUGACAACUUUCCUAACCGGCCUGAAAACAUUAAAAUACAUAAGUGGUUGCCGCAAUCUGAUUUACUUAGGCAUCCAAAAGUAUUAUUGUUCAUCACACAAGGAGGUCUGCAGUCUACUGAUGAGGCUAUAGCAGCUGGAGUACCUUUGAUCGGUCUGCCAAUGCUGGUCGAUCAGUGGUACAAUGUAGAACAGUACGUCCGACUUAAAAUAGGAUUGGGACUGCAUAUGGAAGAACUUACAGAAAAUAAAUUCAAAACUGCUCUCGACACAGUUUUAAACGAUAAAAGCUACCGCAAUAACAUUAUCAAACUUCGUACCUUGAUGGCGGACCAGCCCCAAACACCACUGGAGCGCGCCGUGUGGUGGACCGAACACGUCCUACGUCACGGCGGCGCGCGACACCUGCGCUCGCCCGCAGCCAACAUGUCCUGGACAGAAUAUCUGGAACUAGAACUAAUUGUAUAUGUACUUUUAUUUAUAUUAACUAUCAUAAUUGUAUCUGUAGUAUAUAUAAUGUUUUUAAUUAAAUUUAUUAAAGGUAGCUUUUCGAAGGAUACUGCAAAGAAAAAUAAUUAG